AUGGAGUUGGUAGGAACGAGUCGUCAAAAUCGAAGUCCGCAACGGUCUUAUGCUCUGGUCAUCUGCCAGCUCUCUCUUGUCUUCCAAAGGAAGCUCGAAGAAGAUCAAAACCCUAGGUUCCCUUGGGAUUGAAAAAUCUUGUUCGGGAAGAUUGGCUGUCACUCCCAUUCCUUUAAUGGCCGGUUCGCCAUUACUGCCUGUCGUCUCCAUCUUCAUCUUCGUCUUCCAGUUCAUUACAGUUUCGUAUUCUGUUCCAUUUGUUGUGUUGUACGGUAUCAGUGAUCGAUGCUCCAAUCAAGGAGUUUCAAAAUUCAUUGAGCUUCUAAGUAACUGGUCUGGUUCUAAGGGUUAUUGCAUAGAGAUUGGAGAUGGAGCAUGGGACUCUUGGGUUAUGCCGCUUCAGGAACAGACUGAAAUUGCUUGUGAUAAGGUGAAGAAAAUAGAAGAACUCAGUGAUGGUUACAACAUUGUUGGAUUAUCCCAGGGCAGCUUAAUUGGUCGAGGGAUUAUUGAAUUUUGUGAAGGAGGGCCUCCUGUAAUAAGUUUUAUUAAUGUUAAGAAUUAUGUCUCACUAGCUGGUCCUCAUGCUGGCAUUGCUUCUAUACCAUUUUGUGGAUCUGGUUUACUCUGCAUUAUCUUGGACAGCUUAAUCAAGUCAAAGGUAUACUCAGACUAUGUCCAGGCUCACUUGGCUCCCAGUAAUUAUCUUAAAAUUCCAACGGAUAUUUUUGCCUAUUUAAAAGGAUGUACAUUUCUCCCUAAGCUCAACAAUGAACUCCCUAACAAGAGGAAUGCCACGUACAAGGAGCGAUUCAGUAGCUUGCAGAAUUUGGUGCUUAUCAUGUUUGAGCAUGACAUGGUCUUAGUACCUCGUGAAACAUCCUGGUUCGGAUACUAUCCAGAUGGGAAAUUCAGCCCAGUUUUACCUCCACAGCAGACAGCACUCUAUGUUCAAGACUGGAUUGGUCUGAAAACGCUGGAUGAUGCUGGAAAGGUUAAAUACAUUAGUGUACCAGGAAAUCACCUUGAAAUCUCCCAAAGUGUCAUGAAGAAAUAUAUUCUGCCAUAUUUGGAGGCGUCAAGAAAAGGGAUGACUGCAGAAUUUUCUUCAUAUUAGUGGCCCUCAAUUUGGACUUUCAUUAAAAAUGGGGCUAACUUGGGAUAGGCCAUUGCUUCGCAGUUGAUCCGAAGUACAUGCCGUUGUUCGCCAAGGAAUGGGAAACGACUUCAAAUUUAUGGGAUUGUCUCCACUGUACAUUAUUAUUCUUGGGGUUGUAAUUCAUAUUGUUGGGAUUGCAAGGUUAUAUUGGGGAAUAUGGUCACAGAUUAUGGGCUAUAAGGUGAAAUUUCCCUAGAGACAUGAAAAAAACUAAUGUUUUGAAGUAACCAGUUCUAUUAGUGUCA